AACUGAUAGCUAAACACUUUAGCUUCUGUUAAGACUGGCUAGCUUUCGUUCGCCGAAAAAAAAUAGCCUACAGACUAUAAUCUGAUUGUGCGAUUUGUUAUGUUGGGUAUUGCUAAAUAUUUAGCAAAAUGUUUGGCAGGCAUUAUACUGCACAGCCACAUGUGUGUUUGAUUGUUUACCGAAGAAGAUUAACACUGAAUCUAAACGUCCUUUGUGGUCACUCUGGCCUACAAAUUCUCGGGGAAAUACAGUAGGACUAUGCUACACAAUGCGAGCAUACACUGAAUUCCUGGUGCUUAUAUCUACGUCCAGAUAGCCUAACAGUAGAAAACAGAUUUUUAAACAUUUUUAUGUCAUAUAUUACGUUAGAUAUUGUACCAUAUCUGUGGAAACAGGACUGUCUAUGCUUUGAUUAAGAUGAUCUAAAACUAUACAACUGCACCGAUGUGUUCUUGAGGUCUCAGACCACUGACGCUCUUAUUGGUUUAGUGGCAGCAAUCUAGUGAGGUAUUCGAGGCAAUAAAACUCAGCAAUCUUCUGUCAUUAGCCUAACUGACUGAAUUUAUAAUUGAGUAUGGAUUUCCCUGGGCAGGUCUGCAUACAGCUUUUUCAGUCUAUUCACGUGGUUAGUGUUGCAUGCAUUUUUAUUACAGUUGGCUGAAUUCAUAAAACCAUAUGCUGUUAUAGUUACUUUUUCACAGAACCGCCACAUUUGAGUUACUAAUUGUAGCUAAGAACUUAUAAUGAUGACAACGAAGUAUGAAGACAACAUUCAGUUUGGAGUCUUAAAUAGGCCUAAUAGUGGUUUUUAAUUAAUUUUGGUAGUAUUUCAUAUUGUGGCGAUUUUUGAAACCAAAUAAAAUAUAUUAACCUAAAACUUCCUUAUACAUUAUGAAAUAUCAAUUAAAACGUUUGACAUGUCAUAUGUUGGAGAUCUGUGAUUUGUUUCCUGUUUGACAGUGUUUCCUUUGGCGCCCCUAAUUCAAAUUCUAGUAGGCCUAUGAAGCUAAAUACAGUCUCAAGACAACAAGAACUGAAUAUUUUUGCUAUACAAAAUGAUCAAAUAUUGCCGAUACUUAUAAUAAUAAUAAUUCCCCCCCCGCCCCCCACUUGGUUUGCCAUAAAAUAUUGCAGUAGUAUAGCUGACAUGUAAAACAAACAUUCCUAAGGUAGCAAAGUAUUACAUUAGGAGAAUACAUAAGCUACAUUUCUUCAUCAAAUAGGCUAAAUGUACUAAAUUAAGUUUCUUAAUUUUAGUGGUAUUAUUCAUGUCUGUGGGGAGCCUAGCCUGCAGGGGGAAUGUAGGUAAACAUGUUCUGUACCUUACUGCAGGUUUGUGGUUACUGUGUGAACAGCCCAGUGCGGCGCCAUCUUGUUUACCACAUGAGGGCCAGCACUGUGCAUUCAGCAUCUGCUUGUUCCACUUAGAUUUAGAAGUCGUUUGAAGGUGUCUUCCUGUGACCUUCUAGAGUCUGUGUUUGAGGGACAAACCAAGAGAUGUGCUGCUUCCCACGCAAUAAAUUAGCAUUAAUGGCUAUGCCUUAUAUUUGUAAUGGCACAGGUUAUUCCUGGGCCAAGGCAUUCACAAUGAUGUACACCUGACUGAGCAAGUUCACAAUGACCUUGUGUCUCCCUAACUAUGUAACCUCACUGGGUGCUUAUUAACAUCUCUUAAGCUUGAAGGCAAAUCCAAAUCUUGUAGUAAACUUGUUUUGGUCUUCAUUGUCAGACAGUUUUGUUCCUGCAAUAAAGGGCCACUACCAAACAGACAGACAUUGAGGUGAUGCUUUAACAGAGUUUUUUUUUUUUGCGAGACUGCCUAAACAUGAGUUUGACUUACCAAGACAUUUUAGCAGAUUUCUUUACGCAGAUUUUCUAUAUCAAUUUGGAAGGUUGAAUUCACCCCAUAUCUGUAGCAUCCUCCAUAAAUAUGUGAGAGUGCAGACUGGCACAAUAAUAGUUAUUUUAUGAGAACGCAAGUGAAUUUGGAAAUGUCCUGUGUUUCAAAGGGGCAGCAUUCCAUGGGAUAGCACAACCACUGGCUAUGGCUGUGUGCUCCUCUGUGGGGCAGUCCUCACUGGCACAGUCAGGACUCCAGACCUAUGGGCAACAUCUUAUCAGGGGCCCUGGGAGUGGCUGUGGGGUACCCCUUGGACACAGUUAAGGUGAGAAUACAGACCCAAAGGAAGUACACAAGUGUUUGGCAGUGCAUUCGCAACACCUGUAAAACCGAAGGGGUGAAUGGCUUCUACAAGGGGCUGUCCAUGCCGGUCACCACUGUCUCCAUAAGCUCCUCAGUGGUAUUUGGGACCUACAGGAACUGCCUGCAGUGCCUGCGUCAGCUGCGCAGCGGCAGUUUGGAUGCCCCGCCCUCCAAGCCGGACAUCUUCCUGUCCGGAUUAGCUGGAGGGGUUGCACAGGUAUCAGUGAUGGCUCCGGCUGACAUUGUGAAAGUGCGUCUUCAGUGCCAGACAGCGCCUUAUCAAGGCUCGGCCUCACACUCCAAACCCAAAUACCGUGGGCCCCUGCACUGCCUGCUGUCCAUUGCCAGAGAGGAUGGUGUGCUGGGCCUGUACAAGGGCGCGAAUGCCCUAGCGUUGCGUGAUGGCCCCUCCUUUGCCACCUACUUCCUGACUUACAACAUCAUCUGCGAGUGGCUGACACCGGCUGGCCAGAAGCAGCCAGGUUGGACGGUAGUUCUGCUGGCCGGUGGGUUGUCGGGGAUGUGUGGCUGGACGAUCGGCACGCCGAUGGACGUGAUCAAGUCUCGCCUACAGGUGGACGGGAUGGGGAAGCGGAGGUACAAAGGCUUUGUGCAUUGCAUUACCGAGAGCUUGCGCAAAGAGGGACCCGGAGUCUUCUUCAAGGGCCUGGGGCUCAACUGCAUGCGUGCCUUCCCAGUCAACAUGUCCGUGUUCGCUGCGUACGAGCUGGUGGUGCACAUCCUCAGGACAUCACCCUAGACCGUUGGCGCUCUGGCCUGAUUGCUGGUUGCCAGGACUGCUUGUAGGUCUGGAAAAAGUGCUCAUAUAAGAUCAGUUUUAAAGGAAAUGAACCUAAUGGCAGGAGUUACAGAUGCUGUUUCUCGGGGUGGUCAUUAAUUCAUUAAUUUAUUAUGUGAAUUUAAUAUCAUUUGAAUCAGUUUUCUGAUUGUCAGUAUUAUUGCAGUUUUAUUAACAUAACGGUACUACAAUAGUUCACCCACUAAUUUGUAAUAUUGACAACGACUGAAUUACUGCAGCAUAAUUGUUGCUGGAAUGAUAACACUGAACUAACUAGUCAAAACUGACUGAUAUAUCCACAGUUAAGCCUGGGACAUGUUCUUAGACUUUUUAAACAAUUUGUUUAUAUAUUGGUGCACUUAUUUAUUGUAUGCCUGGAAGUUUCAUUUCACUGUUGCACACAUUUACACUGAAUUUGAAUCCUGGGCCAAUUUAUAUUACUAAGCGUGUGUGAUACAAAAGUAUAUCUACACAUUAAAAAAAACACUUUUCAGUAGGAAUACAAGUGAGAGUUCUAUUUCUAGUACUCAUCGUUCAGGCAUUUCAAAAGAUAUCACAAAAUUCAAUAUCAAAUUAUAAGGUAAGACUGCAACAGUAUUGCUUUCUUAAAUGUCCGUUGAUUGUCGUUAAAAGCCUUCCAACUACUUGUACAAUAGUAUAUUGUAUUUUUCCAGUUGAGCAAGUUGCAUCACUAAAUUAGUUAAAACAAACUGGUAUACUGAUCGAGUCUUGAAGUGUACUUGAACAUGUUGUACUUGAACAUAGUACUGGCUUACAUUUGCUGUCAUAUCUCAGGUAUGGAAUGCCUGAGCGGACCUGUUUCAGGAAUGUACUGUCAACAUGCAACUUGCAGUUUUGUCAUUCGUAAGCAGCCAGCCGAUAGUGAGCCAUGCCCAUUAAGGCCAUGCGGCUGUCUGUGCAAAGGAGACUGCAUCACCUCAUUGCUUUCUAAGGGAAAUAUAGGAAAUAUAUUAUUACACAUGAAGAAAAGCUGAUUUAAAACUGACUUUUAAAUGACUGAGAAAUUUGUAAACUGUGAUUGCCAGAAACAAAACAGGGUUUGAUUUUGUGGCGAUUUCAUUUUUUAAUGAUGUGAAGACUUAAUUCUAUAAAAUAUCUUUUCAAAGAUGGGAGCAUCUUAUUGUGUGAUUUUAAAAAUGUGUGUGAAAAAGAAAUGUGUGUGAAGAAAAAAAUAUUAUGCAGAUCCAUUAUAUUUAUGUAUAGACAUAAUAUAUUACUUCUCUAAUCUAUUUAAUAAAAUUGUUAACAAAAGGGUAAAUGUGAGUGAAAAGGGAAAUUGUAUGUACUUCUGUACAAGCAAACCAUGCCUGUGUCUUGUCAAAAUCCACUUCCACGAAUUACAACAUAACUUUCAAGAAACCUCAGUUUCACUUCUCAGAAUUUUCUGUCUGCUGUGAAAAAGCAUUCCACGCAUAAAAUGCCAAUCUAAUUUUUUUAUUACUGCAUAUCCUCACAUGGAGAUGUUGACGUACAAUGCAGUUGUGAAUUUUUGCUGUGAAUUUUUAAUCAUUUAAAGUAGUUGAUCAUCUUUGUGUUCUGUACAAUAGCUGACACAUCAUGACAGCUAGUAACACUGAAAAUAAGAGGACAAGAAGACGGGGUAUUUUAACAGGCGGUUUAUUAGACAUGAACUGUACAGCUGGGGACAUGAUCUGGAUGCAUUGCGGCUCUGGGAAGCAGCAUCACGUGCCUGGGUGCAGAGGAAGCUGCUUGCUUGGAAAGUGUCGGGUGGAAAUUACAUUGCAAUUUGAAUCGCGAUUGCUAACUCACUCUCUCAAAAUUCUCUCCCGCUAGUAGUUAAAAUCUAGCCGGCGGGGAGUCAUAAACUGGCGGACGGUCUCCUCUGUGACUUGCUUGCGUCUCUCUUGGUGAGCCGUGAUCAUGGGCUGCAGGGUCUCGAUCAGACACUUCUUCAGCUCUCCUGUUAAAAGGGCUCCACUGCUGUAGUCCUAGAGGGAAAGAGAAAGUAACUUCAUCACAUUUAUUGUAACUAAUAUGCGUUGCAGCAUGUUAUCGGAUGCCCUUACACUUGGGAGACUGGCUCAGGGAUACUGCUUCACACAAGAUAUAAACAUAAGAACAGGUAGCAUUCAUCCUCUCAUACACCUGGGACACGCACAAAAACAAAGGUCUGCACAUGAGAUGAAUCCCAUAUUGGUUUUUUUGUAGGAACAUUUUUAAGAACAAAAGUAAGAAUAAUUUAAGAAAAGUUGAAUGAGGCUCAUUAUCUUGAAUGGCCAGAGGGGCCUGGGAAGGCAAUGCUGAUAAAGAGAUACUAGUGUAUCUGUGGUGUGGGGAUAGCUGGUUUAAGCAGCCACACCUGCUCUGGGUCAAGCUAAUUAGACUUGGCCAAUUGGUUAAGAAUUUGAUAAUUGGCCAGGCUAAUUGGACCCGGGAACAGGAGUGGCUGCACCUGUGCGUAGUGAGGUAAUCACUGCGCACAGGUUAAAUCUGCCGUCCCCACUCUUACAAGGGAGAGCCUCUGUCAUGACUGUUUUACAGCUGCUCCUUGGCUGUAACAUCUUGCAACCCUUAAAAAUAAACGUGGACUGCUUGA